AUGGCGGCGGAGCAACCACCGCUCGGCGGCACCCUGCCCCUGUUCGGUUCGCUCAUGCCCUACAUCCUUGUCGACGACGCCGUACCCAUCGUCGGCCUUCGCCCAGAUGAAAAGCAUGUGAGGAACCUCGAGCAUCUCGACAUGGCCUCCCUGGUCGUCUACCCGCUCACUCCAGCCAACAUCAAUCCGUCCAGCUUUGCUCUGCCACGAGUGAACUUGGCCGGCAGGCUCAGAAAGCUUGAUCCUGCCGACUCCAACGAUGCAGUCACGUCUGUGCGCCGUCAGUACCUCGUUGCUCACCCAGGGUGCCAGAAGAUCAUCGACGACUUGUCGUUCUACAAGCUGGAGAUCGAAGAUACGGAGACGACGCACGUCACCGCCGACAAAUACAAGGCCACCAAGCCCGAUGUGGUAAUGCAGAGCAGUCGGGCCAUCUUGGAAUGGAUGAACGAGUCCAAGCGAGCGAUCUACCUCAAGCUCUUUUGCCAGGAGUACGCCCAGGUGAAGUCGUACCCGCGUGAGUCUUCGCGCAUUGUGCCUGCGAGAUUGCUCACCACGGACAACAACAACUACACCUACACUGGACAGAUUGAGGAUGUCGGCGAGAUCUUCAUGUUCUCGGUGGACAGGAAGGGCUUUGAUGUGAUGGCCUGGAGGCAGACCAACCGCAAUUGGGUGGAGCUUCGCUUCCCGUUCCCCUACGAGAUGAAGUCGGUCGAUGACUGCCGGGGCGGGCUGCUGGACAGCUGCUCCUUCCUGCACGACAAGUACCUCAAGAAGGUCGAGGGCGGCGACAAGUUCGACAUCGAAGAGGAGCGACGACUCGAGCACGAGCGACAGCGGAAGCAGCUCGAAGCCGACGAGGCCCGACGCAAGGAGCUCAGCGAGCCAGAGUUCUAG